CCGCCGGCCCCGCCGCCGCUCCCCGGGGUCCGCCGCCGCUCCCCGGGGCCGAGGAUGCUCCGGCUGCCGGCGGCGGGGGGGCGGCGUGUGCGCGGCGGCGGGGGCUGAGCCGCGGCCCUGCCCGGGACACUUAGCGGGGAGGAAGAAGAGGAGGAGGAGGAAGGAGAGGCCGCCCUCGGCCUCGGCCCCGCCAUGCCGGGCCCCGCCGGGGAGCGUGGCCCGGCGGCAGCGGCCCCCCGGGGGCGGUGAGCGGCCCGGGGCUGGGGGGGGGGACCCCGAGCGGCACGGCCAGCCCCGUCCCCCCCCCGCCGCCGCCGGGAUUUAGCCGAUGCUUUCGCCUCCCGCUCCCACUUCGGGCGGGCAUGUGGGCGGGGGAGCCGGGCCGCCCCCAGCCUCCUCCGGCCCGGACCCCCCCCGCGCCCUGACUCCCCGGUGAGGGGCUCUGCCGCCAGCCCCGUCCCGCCGCCGGCCCCGGAGGACGGGGAGCGCCCGCCCUGGCCCCCCCUGGCCGGUGGGCGCCGGGCGGGGGGCGGCGGGAGCCGGUAACUUGUUUUUAGCGCACCCCAGUACCGGCUGGGGCACCCCCCCGAGGAGAUUUGGGUUUAAACUUUGGCUUUUGGGAAGCCCCGAAGAUGCCUUUCCACCCGGUGACGGCGGCGUUGAUGUACCGGGGGAUCUACACCGUCCCCAACAUCCUCGCCGAGCAGCACCCCGUGGAGAUCCCCGAGGACGAGCUGGAGGAGAUCCGCGAAGCCUUCAAGGUGUUCGACCGGGAUGGCAACGGCUUCAUCUCCAAGCAGGAGCUGGGCACAGCCAUGCGCUCUCUGGGCUACAUGCCCAACGAGGUGGAGCUGGAAGUCAUCAUCCAGCGCCUCGACAUGGACGGCGACGGGCAGGUGGACUUUGAGGAGUUCGUGACAUUGCUGGGGCCCAAACUGUCCACCUCGGGCAUCCCCGAGAAGUUCCAUGGCACGGACUUUGACACCGUCUUCUGGAAGUGUGACAUGCAGAAGCUGACAGUGGACGAGCUGAAGCGGCUGCUGUAUGACACCUUCUGUGAGCACCUCUCCAUGAAGGACAUCGAGAACAUCAUCAUGACGGAGGAGGAAAGCCACAUGGGCACGGCCGAGGAGUGCCCCGUCGACGUAGAGACCUGCUCCAGCCAGCAGAUCCGGCAGACCUGCGUGCGGAAGAGCCUCAUCUGCGCCUUCGCCAUCGCCUUCAUCAUCAGCGUGAUGCUCAUCGCUGCCAACCAGGUGCUGCGCAGUGGCAUGAAGUAGCAGGGCCGCCCCGAGCGCCUGCCUCCAGCCACCAACGGGGAGCCACACCUAUAGCGAGGGGUAUAGAGAGAUAUAUAUAUGUGUGUGUAUAUAUAUAUCCAUAUUUGAAUCAGACAUGCAAAAACCCCUCCGGGAGGGGGUCAGACCCGAGGGGGGAAGACCUGCGCCGGGUCCCUGCUGCCCCGGGGCGAUGCGAUCGCAUGGCUGUUUGCAGAACAUGGAGACUUUGAUAAAGACACACACACAAAAAAAAAACCAAACCCCAACCCUCGCCAGAAAAAAACCCAAACCCGUAAGUGCAUGUAAUGUGCAUGGAGCCCCGUGUGCUGCCCCUCCCUGCGCCGGGGGUGGAUUGCCCCCGGGCGUAGGAUCCCAUUGGAUACACCGAUACUAGUGUCUAUAGCUCUAUAUUUAUGAUAAAAACCAAAUCAUCCCCUAAGCAAUACACGUGCCUGAGAUGGUUUCUAGUGUGAGAUGGGAGCGUUUGCAUGGACUUGGCUGCCAAGGGCUGGAUUACCCCCCCGCCUCGCCCGCCCCCCGCCCCGGCCCUGCGCCGUGCCUCGGUUUCCCCACCUGCCAGGUGGGGGGACGACGCUGACCUCCUGCUUGAUGCACUUUGUUUGAUCCGACCGCCCUGGGAAGAGCCGGAGCGACCUUGAGGCCGGGGAGCCCUCCCUGCACACCCCCCCGAGCCCCCCAGCCUGUAUGUAGCACCCACCUGGGCACCGGACUGGUUCGGAUUUGGGGCCGUUUCUCAUUAUUUGGAGGUUUUUUUGUUUGUUUUUGUUUUUUUUCUUUUUCUUUCUCUUCCUGGUUCGUUGUUUCCGAUCUGAAAUAAAACUGGGAUUUCUGAA